AUGACGGUCACAAUCAAUAACUUUCCGAACGAAAUCCUUCUGGAGAUCCUUCAGGACUUUGACUAUUAUGACCUCAAGAAGUGCAUGCGCGCCAACAAAGCCUUCAACGCCAUUAUCAAGCACACUGCUUUCGACAGAGUGCUGUUCCGUUCUGCAAAUGUCAUUGGCAAGGAUGGCAUUAUCAAAUAUUCUACCUUCGCUACCCAUCCUGCCCUAAAACGUACUAUGUUUCCCGAUCAAUCCCCAAACGACCAAAUCGAGCUCAGAUGGCCUCACAAUAAUUUUCUCUACGAUCCUCCCAAGUACUUGCUGCAAAACAAGGUAGCUGAUGAACAAGUAACCUCGCCCCCAGUCAGCUACGUACGCGUCAAACCAUAUCAAGUCGAGACCAGAGUUGAGGUUGAGAAUCCGAACGGUAUCACGAUCCGCCAGCUCCAUGAGGCAAUGUGCAGCGUCUACGAAGAUCCUGAUACGACUCCCCCACUUGUUGGGAGCCGCAACGGCAAAGCUCGUAUGGGCGUGAGUUAUUGGCUCUACCCUGAACGAGGAGGGGAGUUUUCUCCGCAUGAUCUUCUUCUAGAACGAUGGUGGGAUGAGUUAUCGGCGUACUUGUGA